CGACGACGAUGUUGGAGCUUUUUUUAAAAAAUCAAAUUGUCGAGUAUUUUCUUUGAGAAAAAGUGAUUUUGGUUUUCCUUUAGAAAAAGCGUAGAAAUUAGUGUCUGCGGAGUUACGAGUUUCGCAAAUUGAUCCGAAAAUCUCGAUGAAAACGUAGCAAGCUCCAGCAUUAGGCGCAGCCAUUUCGGAAUAUACACAGAGGAAGGAAAAUGUGAGAAGAACGAAAAAAUUACAGGAAAUUAGUUUUUGAAUCGGUGCGAAGGAAUUUUUCCCGUGAGACAUGAAAAGCGUUCAGUGUGCGUGGUUUGUGAGUGGAGAAGGACAAUUUCCUCGAAUUUAGAAUGGCAAAGUGAACGGGGUCGAUUGCCGUGGGUCCGAGGAAAAUUGACGAUGAUUCCAUUGAUGCUAAGAUACUAUGGUGCACAUAACAUCUUCCAAGUGAUUUCGGUUUAUCUUAAUUUUCAAGAAAGUUGCCUUUGCGAGAAAAUUGUUUCGCGGGCUGAAAGUAAAUAAAUGUGCUUGAAUGUGUCGUAAAAUCGAUGAGAGAAGGACUUGCAUUAGGCAGGCCAUAGCGCCUAGUACGGAGCGUAGCGAAAGGGCCAAAUCUAUAACGAAUAAGAUUGCAUACUAAUGCAGUGGAGGAAGUUUACACGAUUGAAAGCAGCUACUGGACAUUCGCGUACGCGAAGGAUGCUUUGUUGCGGACGAAGAAAGGAAAAUGGAAGAUCAGUUCCUGAUGUUACAGCAAGUCCGGGUCGAGCACCCCCCGGACCAUUACCAUCUAGUCAAAUGCAAACGAUGCCCCAACGACAAGGUGCUAAGGAGCCUGUAUUGCUGCAGGGUGAUUUUCGUAAAGUGUCCGGUAUUAGUUCAGAGAUAUUUCGACAGAUAGAAGCUGUUGAAAAUGAUCACGACCCGAGCACAGCAGCUGCCUUGGAGGCGGUUGAGAGACGAGGUGAGAUGAUUGUUCGUAUAUUGGAACCGAGAUGUAUAGGUGGAAAACAAGCGGUUGAAGCUGCACAAAAAUUAAUGUCUAAAGGUGAUGCUCGACAUACUGUACAGUUAGUAGAAAUUGUUAAACGGCCCGGACAAACGCUAGGACUUUAUAUUAGGGAAGGUAAUGGUGCCGAUCGAUCAGACGGUGUUUUCAUAUCACGAAUAGCUUUAGAAUCAGCGGUAUACAAUAGCGGAUGUCUCAGGGUUGGCGAUGAAAUUCUGGCUGUUAACCUGGUAGACGUAACACAUAUGUCACUCGAUGAUGUCGUUAUAAUCAUGUCAAUUCCUCGACGUCUGGUAUUAGCAAUAAGACAACGACGUGGUAGUCGUGGGGCCAAUUCGCCUGGUCCACCACCACUUACACGUCCUGAACAGAAACCACCACCAGUAGUUGUGAUUAAAAGAGAUAUCAGAGAAGAAGACUUAGAUGACACGGAUCGCAUACCACGGUCACGCUCAUCUCGUGAAAGGCGAACAGGUGAUGGGAGGGAAAUGACCGAAUCACGAUCACGUCUUGGACUCGGCCUAAAUAACUAUAGCCCGCAGAGUGAACAACUGGAUUUAUACUACAACAGUCGUCCAAAUACAAUAAGUGAACCACCAAGCUGGGGUUACAAACCGCCACCUCCACCGUCUGUUAUAACUGAACAGCCAAAGAGUCAUGCAUUCGCUCCCACACAUGCCUACUAUCAAAAUGCAGGGACAUUAGAAAGUUUAGCUGAAAAAGUUCAUUCCUUUUAUCCAACCCCGUCGCGGCGAAUGUCGACGGGUACGGGUGUGGGAAUAAGUCAACCGCACACACGUUUCCCGCAUAGCGGGUCCGAGCAACAUUUACCUCGCGUCGACUACAGUUCAGACUAUUCCUCAUCGUUAGGAAGACAUUCAUUGCUGAGAUCAAGCCUGAAACCGAGUGCGAUGACAACAGGGGGAACUCUGGGUCGUUAUGGUCGCUACGAGCCUCCUCGGACAUCGAAGUAUGGAACACCGCCCAGUGGGUCAGCGAGCUUGACGCGAAGAGCACGUCCUACGUUAGACUAUUCAAGUGACACUGAAGCUACAAUUGGCUCACGUCCUAGCUACUAUUAUUACAAUCGACCUGCAAUAAGUAGCAUUCCACGUGGUACAUCUUCUGUACUUGGUGCUGCAACGGAUUUGGCCAAAUUCAACUCAUUGCCACGAGAGCGGCCGGGGGUGCGUUUAGGCGGAAUCCGCCCGAGAAUUGGAGAACGUCUUAUGGAUGACAGUGACGGUAACUUGUCGGCUCCAGAGCUACCGGCUCGAAGGGAUCGCGAUCUAAGAUCACGUUUAACAGCCAGCCCAUCGAUUUUCACUUCUGAUGAAUACCGAGCUUGGCUACGACGAGCACCAAGUAGUUCAGCAAUCUGUGACCAAAUGAGACUGACACGUGAUAUUUUAAGUCAGCCGCGUAGUCACCGAUUUUCGUGUAGUGCUGAAAAUAUCCAUGAUGCUCUGAAAAAUACGGAAAGCAUAUACAGUAGCCGCACGGGAACAUUCACAGGCACCUUAGAUCGCCAUUUAGCUGGCGCCCCACGAGGUCUUUCCGCAUUACCAGUUCGAUCAUUGUCAUCGCAGCAUAUUUCGGGGCCAUCUUCGAUACGAUCACCGAGCAUAAGAAGGAUGCGACAACUAUUAGAACUUUCCACCGGUCCGGCAAGUCCAGCAAGUAUUCUAAGUGGACAUCAGAGUCCAGCACCGACACCAAGCGCAACACUUCCACGAACGCACAGACAAAUUGAUAUCAAUCCUGCUGAAUUUAUUAAAUAUAAAUUAGAUAAGCCAGUACUAGACGUUGGGGGAAUUUCUGGAAUGCUUUGGAUACAUCUGCUGGCUGGUCGAGGGUUGCGGUCGACACCUGAGACAGCAACACAAACAGGCCAAGGACAAAUGCGGGAUCUGUACUGUGUACUGGAAUGUGAUCGGGUCCAUAAAGCGCGGACAGUAGUUCGAUCUGGGGACUUACAGUUCGAUUGGGAUGAAUCGUUCGAGUUGGAUUUGGUGUGUAAUAAGCAAUUAGAUGUGUUAGUUUAUUCAUGGGAUCCUCAACAUCGUCACAAGCUUUGCUACCGUGGUGCGAUUUCAUUAGCAUCGCUGCUCAGACAAUCACCUCUACAUCAGUUGGCACUGAAAGUAGAACCUCGCGGAACCAUCUACAUUCGCCUUCGUCAUACUGAUCCUGUUACGCUCUACCGACGACGAGGUCUUCCUAGCUUACGUGCAGGUUAUCCGCAACUAUUCGGAGCCGAUCUGGAGACAGUAGUGAACAGAGAGUCGAAAGGGGCACCUGGCAGUGCUCCGGUUCCGGUUGUGUUGAGACGAUGCGUUGAAGAAGUAGAGCGACGUGGUUUAGACAUUAUUGGAUUAUAUAGGCUGUGCGGAUCGGCAACGAAGAAGCGCCUUUUGCGUGAAGCCUUCGAAAGGAAUAGUCGAGCAGUUGAAUUGAGCCCCGAACAUGUUCCUGAUAUUAAUGUAAUAACUGGGGUAUUAAAGGAUUAUCUCAGGGAACUUCCAGAGCCUCUAUUUACUAGAUGCCUAUUCCAAAUGACUGUAGAUGCAUUAGCUGUAUGCUUACCCGACGAUCCAGAGGGCAACGCAAAAUUAAUGCUUAGUAUUUUAGAUUGUCUCCCUAGAGCGAAUAGAGCCACGUUAGUUUUUCUUCUGGAUCAUUUAUCAUUAGUUGUAUCGGCUUCAGAACGUAACAAAAUGUCGGCGCAGGCUUUAGCUACAGUUAUGGGGCCACCAUUAAUGCUACAUUCAUCAAAUGCUCAACCUGGUUCGGAGAUUGACCAUGCACAACCAAUAGCUGUGCUAAAGUAUCUACUACAAAUUUGGCCUCAACCGCAAUCGUCGACCGGUGUCUCAGGUCGUCGCGGCGAGCCAAUAGGGCAGCGUGGAAACAAAGCCAGUGCAUUGCAAGUGGGCAAACUCCACCAAUCCAGUCAUCGUAUAUCACCUUCAAUAGCCAGCAAUCAAUCGCCCGGCCAACUUCAUCUCUCAGCCAUUCCCAGCAGUCAUCAGUAUCAAUUAGUAGUGGAUCAGUUAGCUCAAUCGCCUCGAGUCUCGCCACAAGUGGGCCAACAGCCCCAUCAAUUGGCGGUCUCAGCGGACUCGGGAACGCGCGACCAAUCGCCACUGCCCGGCACACCCUCCCCAGACAGUAGUUCAACGUCAACAGGAUCUGAGUCAGGAUCAGGUACUGAUACAGUUAAACGCGGUGCAUCGCCAGCCAUUAGUAUUACGUCAACGUCAAAUCUAAAACUUCAGGAGUCGACUAGCUCAUAUUCAUUUAAACAAUAUGAUUCAGCCGAUAUCGUGAACAAAUCGAAAGAGAGCCUCCUCGAGAAGGCAAGAAAUGGUGGAAGCAGCAUCGGUAGUUAUGGACCAACUAUCACGUUAGAUACUUUUCCAUCCGUUAGAAGUGUUCUACCCCUAACUAGUGAAUCAGCAUCAGUAACAAUAGCAUCUGGAUCGACUGCAGUGACCACAUCAUCUCCAUCACCGUUAUCAAUUCGCUCAUCCAAUGGAAGUGGCUCACCGUCCCUAUCCCAAUCGCAUUCAUUUUCUACGUACUCAUCGAGGACAACAGCAGCCACUAGUGAAUCGAGAUCCCCACAAACAGUGACGUCUGCGGCAAGUACCGCGGCAGCCACGACCGCAUCAGCAGCAGCACAUUCAUCACUCUAUUCGUCAGCAGCUUCACCAGCAUCAGCGCGAGAUUAUCUCUCACAACUACGAGGAAACAAUAAUAAGAAUAAUUAUAGCGACAGCAGCAUAAGGAAUCAUCUAGGUAAACAAUUGCAACCAUCAUAUUCGUCGGCGCUAUCGCCAUCUUCAUCCCCGUCAGCGACCGCAGCAACCACCACGCCAACCAUUCGUACAGCAGAACCUACUAGCCAUACAUAUAGGAGUCAGUUAAGUAGUAGCCCAUCCUCCUCUUUAGGUACCUACCAAUUUCCCUCGAGCAGUGUGAAGACUACCUACGGUGAAUUGACCACAUCUUAUGGUGGAUCAGCGGCAGCCACUACAUCCUCUGCGUCGCCGAGUUCGCCAACGGCUUCAACAUCCACUUCGUCAACCUCCGACGCCUCAGCUCCGUUAUCCGAUUAUAGGGGGUCUUCGCCGUCUAGACAAAUAACUAAUACAAAUAACACUAUACCUACAAGCGUAGCUAGAAACCUAUUAUUAUAUCAAUCAGACUCAAGCUAUUGUAUAAAGAAUCAGCAGCAAUUGCAGCAGGAUCAAUCCGAGAAAACCAAUAAUUUUGCAAGUUCAGGUCAUUUGAUUGAGCGCCAGGCGGGGCCAACCCCCUCCUCUUCGACGUACUCGAAUGUAGGGUUUAACGGUUCGCAAUUGACUAGUACAAGUAUGAAUAUUUACGGCACAUUGCCGAAGACAUCGUACGGUAGUAGUAGCAUUUCGGCGACACUGGCCGGUGUCGGUGCAGCUGCAUCCUAUUCGCAUGCAUCCUACUCGGAUGCCCAGCAAUCAGGCUCAACGGCAACAGGUACAGGUAUGACAGGUAAUGGUAAUGGCACUAGCAGCAUUAGUAGUUACGAUUUGUACAGUAAUACUAGGCAACAACAACAGUUUGGUACGUCGGGUAACGGGUACCACACGUUAGGUUCGUACAGAGUGCAGUAUUCGUCGACAAAUCCUUUCUUACCGAGUUUUGACCCACCAACGGGCGGUGAUGUCACAUCGCCCGUAACAUCUUACAAUUUAGAUACGAAAGAUAACGACAAAUUUGAUUUAAAGUAAUUUUUUGAUAAAUAUUACUGCAAAAGGAUAAAAUGAAUAUGGACACAAUGAAAAACUCCAAAAAUAUUCUAAAAUAAUAAAAUAACAAAUAACAAUGAAAAAAGCAAGGUUGAGUUGCUUGAAGCCACUCUUUGUGGGCUUGUAAUGGAGAAUAUGCUGUUGUCGCUUGCUUUUCAGUGACAUGAACGGUUCUUUUGGGGGAAAAGUUCCUGCAACACCUUUUUCUCUUUUUUUUUCUUUUUCUUUUCAUUCACCAUCUUCAAUCCCUUCUGAUUUCCAGAUAGUGUGAAUUCAGAAAUUUUCAUAGUAAAGUAAAGAAGUAAGGCGAGGACGUCGUUUCCUAUUUUACUAUUUUCGCAGUUUGUCCAGGAGCUAAGAUAGUCACGCUCGUUAUAUUCUUUGGCUUUUCAGCUUCUUUCAAAUUCUGCUUAUUCACUGGGUUUGGCUACUUUGGUCACCCAUUCGUUUCAAACUUGUUCAUGGCUAGAAAGAAACUUCUAUACAACGAAGAUUUUAUACUAACUACAUUAAUGGGCAUUUCGUAGAAGGAUCCGAGAACCAGAAGAAUUCAUUGAUUUCCGUCUGCCACUUGUCGUACUAACAUAAUUUAUGAAAUGUAUAUGCAUGUUCGGUUGCGCCACCGUUGUUGCAAUCUUCGACGCGUAUCUCAAGCGUUCACUCAAUUAUCUAAACGAAAGGAAAUUUCAAACGUAGACACAAUCGUUUUAAAUGAUGUUCAGAAUGUGAUGAAAUAAAUGCGCUUCCUCUGAUAGAAAAAACGAAGCAGCAUCAGAGUUCUUACGAUAUCCGUUAUGCUCUGGCCUGGUGGGGGGUGCGAAAAAAGGAUGACUUCUUUCAAACGGGGAGUUAUUUUGGCGGCCCGGAAUGGCGACUUUAAGAUUAAUCAGAAACAUAGUUUCAUAAUAGAGAUGGGCUCCAUUCAGUCUGGGUCCGGAUAUUCUCUCUACGGCCUUGCUCAUAUAUCAAUAUUUCGAGAAGGAAUGCAAAGGGUGUUGAUCCAUCUGUUCGAUGCCGAAUUUUUGGGAAUAAAGGACAUACUGUCAAGAAGUGGGCCAAACAUUCAAAACUUUGAUAAAUGUUAACUGGGACCGAAAAAAAGUUAAUUUGAUCGCUACCUUUUAAGAGUUCCAAGUAAAUCCUGCAGGAACCUUUGCAAAAAUGUAUAGUUCGCGGAUUAGACAAGUGAAGUCAUGAUAUCCGCUGGAUUAUGAAGCUUUGUGUCUGCUAUGGUUUGAUAUGUAACAGCUACGCUCCUCCUUUUAUGUUAGCAGCGCUCGAAAAUAUGUCUCAGUUGUUUACUUUCUUAUGCUCAUCAUUGCUGAUGCUUAAAGGAAGCGUAGCUCGUUGUUAGGUUGUGCGCAUUUGGACAUGCAAUUGGCCAGCGAAAAGGAUAUGAAUAAGUAUUGAAAAUUCGGGUUUGCUUAAGUCUGCUGGUUGACAUUUCUUAGCGCUGUUCAGGAUCAUAGCAUGCCUUAGCAAUUUUAUGAAAAUCACUUCCACAUCGCUCCCUGUGCAAUCUUAGGAAACCUAAAAACCUAACAUAUAGGAAACCGUCAGGUUGUUUGGCGAGAAUUAGAAUCUAGCAAACUUUCAUAGAGGUGUGGUUAAAUCAGGUAGAAACAGAGAGAGUUCUUUCGACAGAACAAAACGCCAUUCAUAUGAUUCAUAUUCAUCAUCAUCAUCAUCAACGGCGCAACAGCCGGUAUCCGGUCUUGGCCUGCCUUAAUAAGGAACUAUAAACAUCCCGGUUUUGCGCCG